AUGAAAAAGAUCAGCUUGAUACUAAGGAAAUGCAAGAGUUUGUCGAGGCAACUAGGGAGAUCUUCGUCUUAUAGCAGCCUAAGGUCCAAAUCUACUCGGGAAGAUUUAUGGGGUGAUCGUAAGCAAGAAGAUGAAAAUCAUGAAACUAUAUUUGUUGGGAGCACAAGAAAGAGGUAUGUCAUUGACUCCAAGUAUUUGAGCCAUCCUUUAGUGAAUGCUCUCAUUGAGAAGUCAAAGCAAAAGGCAGGAGAGGAGAAUAUUGUGGUGGUGAAAUGCGAGGUAGUCUUUUUUGACCACCUUUUAUGGAUGCUUGAAAAUGCCGAUCCAAAUGUUAAUUUUGAUUCUAUGGAAGACAUGGAGGCAUCAUUAUUACGUAAAGCAAUCAUCGUGGAGAUCAAUCUCAUAUCAGCACAAGAGCUCAUGUCUAAGAGCAAGUCAUCUUCGACUCCUAUGCAAACCUACGUGGUGGGCUACAUCAACCCUAAGGAAAAGGCUGUCUCAAGGGUUGACAGAACCGGCAACACAAACCCUACUUGGAAUGACAAGUUCCUUUUCGCACUUGACGAAGAAUUGGAGCGCAGUAGGCCUAAUUGUUGUUUGGUUUUGGAGAUAUAUCGCGUGAGGAGAUUUAGGAAAGACGAAAGAAUCGGUGUAGUUCAUGUCUUGCUUGAAGACUUGUUGAAGAUAAAAGGUCUGGCUGCUGGUGAAGCUAAGGUACGCGAAACUUGCAUGACGUUCCUGGUGCAAAAUCCAUCUGGCGAGCCUCAUGGAAUCAUCAACAUCGGAGCAGCAACCUUGAAUGGAAUGUUUCAUGAAACAUUGCCAAAAAUUGUCUUCAAAGAAAGAGUUCCUCACUUCCUUGCAGGCAAGAAAGAUACAGAAGAUGGCGGCUCUUCACCCUUGAAAACGCUGAUGAAGGCGAAGAAGGCUUCAACUAAUGACUUUUAUGCAAGAAAGAUGGGAAAGCCAUCCGAAUAG